AUGCGAUGUGGUGACGUUUGUAGCCGUUGCAAGUACGGCGCAUUGGGGGGCGGGGGGCGGGGGACCGGUUCUCCGACUCGCCGGGUUGGAGAAGACCGAGUCGCCGCCGGUUACCGUUAACGACGGGGCCGGGAGGACACGGGGAGUGAACCUGUCCAGAAGGCCAGAGCGACUCCAUGUGGGCUGCCUCAGAGGGAUGGGGGGGGGACCAGAGCUUGGUGGGGAUGAUAAUCGGGGGUGAAGGGUCUUCAUUUUUAGGGCACCCAGUGGAUCCCUUCUCCCAAAGAUUCUUUCUUCGGGUGGGGGGCUCACGCUUCCCAAGCGGAUGAACACCAGAUGAACAUUGUCAAGGUGAAAGGGGUUAA